UGCAUUGUAUGAUAGAUUUGAAACAGACGGUUACAUUCUUAUGUGUGAAGAAGAAUUACGUUAUCGGGUGUGUGGUCACGUGGGAUACAUCUCCCUGAUUAAUAUAUAUAGAAGAGAUAAAUAUAUAUAGCUGUUAUAUUAAUACACGCGGUGCUGGCCGGAUGAGUAGAUAUUUGUUAUACGUUGUAUAGUGGGCCGGUUAUAAACACGAGGAUCGCACACGGCACAGCGAAUCGUCUGCUCUCCAUGUACUCCCAGGAUUAAGUAUUAAAUCGGACGAUAAAUGCCAGGGCUUUUUACCUCGUCAGCUGUCUGGUGUUGUGGAGCGUCAAUGGAUUAUUACCGGCACGAUUUACCAUGUAGAGAUGUUAUCAAUAUAUCAACGAUAUGAUGGUAUGAUAAAGCCUCUCACCUUUAAAUCUUAAACAGUCACCAACGUUAUAAUACAAUUGACGUAACUAUAAGGAAGUUAUACUGCGUGUAUCACAACAGAACCAAUUAGGAAUGAAUCGGGUUAAAAAGGAAUAACCAUGUUACGGUCAGUUUCUGGUGGAUUUUUAUCUAUCUUAGAUAUGUACGGGUAAUUCUGUAAUGCCAAGGAUAAUUUGACGAGCUGUUUUGUGUCUAGGGCCCCUUUUUCUCUCAACCAUGUCCCCAAUGUAUCGGUAUGGAUUUAAUACGGCAUUGUGGAGUUUGGUGAUUGUCGUCAUUUGUCAAAGUAUUACUUCGUCAGAAUCGGCUCUUUCUGUGUCGGAAAUUCAGGAGACUGGAAAGGUAUUAUUUCGGUCACUACGGAACACAGAAUGUAGUAUCGACUGUACAGGGAAGGGACGGAGACCAGUGUGUGGGUCAGAUGGCAUAACAUAUUCCUCACGAUGUGAUCUAAAGCGAGCCAAACGUUGUGAAAACAGACGUGUCAGGGUCAAAAGUAAAGGGGUAUGUUCAGCAUUGUCGACGGUGCCGAAAACAAAAUGCAUGCAGGAAAGGGAAGAGGCCCAAGCUAUAGCGAGAAAACCAACCCUUGGUAUCUUUAUACCGGAAUGUAAACAGGAUGGUUCAUAUACCGAGAUUCAAUGCCAUGCCGCCACCGGAUACUGCUGGUGUGUGACAAAUGACGGCAAACCUAUAGCGGGUACAUCAAUAAGCGGCAAAAGCGCACCAUGUAAACGAAAGAGAAGACGACCACAGAAAUCAGAGAAACAUAAGCGCCGAACAGAUAGAAGACGAACAUCCACACGGCGAAAGAAAAGAGCCUGUAAGUCUACAGAUAGAAUACAAUUCAACCAGAAUUUAGUGGCUGCCUUUACGCAAGAAUACCAGCGGUUCACACAACCAGGAAGCUUACCGGGAAAUCCAUUACUGGGUUCAACGGAAAAACGUGUAGUGGAUUGGAAAUUCUCCCAACUAGACAAAAACAACGACAACAAACUCAGACGACGGGAGGUUCGAUCCCUAAAACGAAUGGUUAAGAAAGUUAUAAAACCUCGUGCAUGUGCAAGAAACUUUGCAAAAUAUUGUGAUCUGGACCAAAAUAAGCGAAUAGAGCGGAAGGAGUGGUCUAGUUGUCUUGGCGUCGAUAUCAAAAGUAACCAAAGUGUCACGGAAAUAGCGAAACACGGAGACACCAAUUUCCGUAAAAUUUCUUUUCGUGUGUUUCUAUCUCUGAACUCAGAAGAAGAUCAGUCUCCUCAGAUGACGCCAGAGCCCCCUGUCGCCGAAGAGCCUGAAAUUAUAGUAGACUUCCCUCCGCGAGCUAACCGAUGGUCUUCAUCAGGGCUUAACCCCCGUCGUACCAAUACCCCAGCGCCACCUAUUGACAAGGAAGACAAUACGAGGAGUUGUGUUGAUGAGCAGACUGCGGCUGCGCGACAGCAUGAACAAGACCCGGAUGGAGGAACUUUCAUCCCCGCUUGUACUGAAGAAGGGAAGUGGAAUCGAGCUCAAUGCCACAAAUCGUCCCAGUUCUGUUGGUGUGUUGACGAGAAUACCGGCUCCCCUAUUCCUGGAACAUCAACUCACAAGAUACAACCUAACUGUGAUAUGGACUCCGAGAGAGAGAUGAAAGUUCAUAUAUUCACAGGCUGUCCACUGCCAAAGAAGCGAAGGUUUCUGAACUUCCUGCUAGAACAGCUAGCACAGGAAAUGGAUAUUUAUGUGUAUAAUGGUACCGACUCAAGCAAAAGACCAGAAUACAACCCAGAACUAACGGUGCAGGAAAAGGCUGCACGGUGGAAAUUCAAAUUUUUAGAUGUCAACGCAAACAAUAUGUUAGAACGUAAAGAGUUAAAGCAGUUCCGGCAGCAAAUACCGAAACGGAAGGACACGAGAAAAUGUAGUCGAAACUUCAUUCGCUAUUGCGAUGAGGACAACAACAGAAAAAUAACUCAUGAUGAAUGGAUAGAUUGUAUGGGUUUAAAAAAUAAUACUAGUUUUCUGCCACAGAAUCCAAACCGGAAAGGUCCCAAUCCAUUCAGCCAUUAUCUGAAACCAAGUUAGCAAACACAUUCAUUUAAACGCGUCGUCAGUGUCUAUAUAUUGCAUAUGUGUGACAGUUUAGCAGUGUGUUGUAAAUUCCUUAAAAUACAAUAUCAAGAAACGUACUAAAGGAAGCCCUGUUGUUUACACUGCAUCAUACAGAGUCAUUACGUCACAUAUCGUACCGGAUACUGGAAGCAAUCACCUGUCAAGUAUCAAUCAUGUGUGUCAGUACUAACACUAAUACUGUCAUGUGUCGACGGUUAUUUUAAUUAAAAUGUACAAAUUGCCAGUCCUAACAGUGUAGAACAGUGGCCAGUACUAUCUUCGCGUGGAAUUUCCUUUGUUUAAAAUUCAUGGCCACAGAACCAUAUUCGGCUGCAGUGAUGCUAAAUGGUGAGGACCAUGUAGGCUACAGACAGAAACGUAGAACGUAUUAGGUAUAGAUGAUGUUGGCUACGGACAAGAACGUGUUAUAUAUAGCUAUUAGCUACCGCUAAUUGAAUUGUUACGACGGAUACCUCCGGAUGAGAACAUGCUAGCUACAGAUGAGGACUAUUGACUACGGACAAGAACGUGUUAUAUAUAUAUAUAGCUAUUAGAUACCGCUAAUAAUGCGAUAGCCUAUGGAAGUAUGACUAGUUACGGCGGAUACCUCCGGAUGAGAACAUGCUAACUACAGAUGAGGACUAUUGACUACGGACAAGAACGUGUUAUAUAUAGCUAUUAUCUACCGCUAAUUGAAUUGUUACGACGGAUACGUCCGGAUGAGAACAUGCUAGCUACAGAUGAGGACUAUUGACUACGGACAAGAACGUGUUAUAUAUAUAGCUAUUAGAUACCGCUAAUAAUGCGAUAGCCUAUGGAAGUAUGACUAGUUACGGCGGAUACCUCCGGAUGAGAACAUGCUAACUACAGAUGAGGACUAUUGACUACGGAC